AUGUCCAGGGCUGCAGGAACUCUUAUAACGACCACAAAUGCAGAUUAUAUACCUCCUUAUUUGAUGCCAGGGUAUCGUGGUCAUUGCCCCACCAUUAAAUUUGAUUAUGGAGACACUUAUGGCAAUGCUACAGCAAAAUAUUUCCAAGACUAUCGCUCAUCUGUUCUAAAUUCUUCACAAUCAAAUUACAGCCAAGGAGGACGAUUUCCUACAUACUAUACACAUAACCCUGACCUUGUGAUGAGUAUGAGAUCUCAUACAUGGGACCAGUGGCUCCACCAACCUAAGUACAAAUUAAACAACACUAAUCGAGGCAAGAAAGAUUCACUUGAUAAAUUCUAUCAGUAUGUCCAGAACCACAGAGAACAGUACAGAGAUAGGAGCCACACUCUGAAACCACUGAAAUAUUUCAUCUUACCUACAACAGCUGAGAACCAAUUUCUACAGAAACACUGUUUACACUUACUUUCUACACAUGAAUAUAAUAAAAAAGAAAUUAAAUCUAUCUAUCUAUCUAUCUAUCUAUCUAUCUAUCUAUCUAUCUAUCUGCAUGUAUGA